CAAACACGGGAAACCCGGACCGAGAGAGAGAGUGGAGUGUGUGAGUGAGUGUGUGCGUGUGUGUUUUUAUUUUAUUUAUUUUUUUUAUGUUCGUGGCUUAAUGUCGGCGGUAGAAAUGACUGAUCCUUUAUGAUAGGGCUGUUUAUUUUCUAUUAUACCGGACUAGAGUCUGAAUAAACAGAGAAAUGGACCACGAGUUUCAGGACAUCGAUUCAGAAGGCCGGUGGCAUAACCUCUACAUGGAAAUACGCAACCAGUCUCAGGAAUGUCCAUUCAAAGUGGCAAAAUAUCCAGAGAACCGCAACCGCAACAGAUAUAGAGAUGUCAGCCCAUUUGAUCACAGUCGGGUGAAGCUGGGAAGCUCAGAGAAUGACUACAUCAACGCUAGCCUGGUGGAGAUGGAAGAAGCUCAAAGAAGUUACAUCCUAACUCAGGGCCCUCUGAGGAAUACCUGCGGUCAUUUCUGGCUCAUGAUCUGGGAACAGAACACCAAAGCAGUGAUCAUGCUAAACAGAGUGAUUGAGAAAGGCUCAGAAAAGUGUGCGCAGUAUUGGCCAACGCAAGAAGAACAGAUGUCAUUUCGUGACACGCGCUUUGUCGUAAGGCUGCUGUCGGAAGAUGUUAAAUCUUACUACACCAUUCGGCUGCUGGAGCUGCAGAACGCAAACACGGGUGAGACACGAGAUGUCUACCACUUUCAUUACACAACGUGGCCGGACUUUGGUGUCCCAGAAUCCCCGGCAUCCUUCCUGAACUUCCUCUUUAAGGUGCGGGAGUCCGGCUCUUUGGGGGCGGACAACGGGCCGGCAGUCGUCCACUGCAGCGCGGGGAUCGGGCGAUCAGGAACGUUCUCUCUGGUCGACACUUGCCUCGUACUGAUGGACAAACGAAAAGACCCGUCAUCAGUGGACAUUAAGAAGGUCCUCCUGGACAUGAGGAAAUACAGAAUGGGUCUGAUCCAAACACCUGACCAACUGCGCUUCUCCUACAUGGCCGUGCUGGAGGGGGCCAAGUACAUCAUGGGAGAUUCAUCAGUGCAGAAACAGUGGCAGGAGCUUUCCAAAGAGGACCAGGAGCGUGUCUGCGAGUCUCCACCCCCUCAGCCCCCCAAAUGCCCAUCAGAGCACUACAACGGCAGCAGGCUGAUCCGGCCCGAAGAACCUGGGGACACGGAGGCAGCACAGAGGAAAACACCCUCAGAUGCAAAGGAGGCUGAUGGAGAUGGGUGCACAGCAAAUGCUCGGAAGAGGCAAAGGGAGGAGAAGAUGUCCAUGUCUACGCAGAAGACUCCCCAGAAACAAUCAAAGCCUAGGAUAAACGACUCGGAAAAGAAGAGGAAAAGACCAAGAACAACCAGUGACACUUAACUUCAUGGCAAGACUAGCAGGGGCCUCCAGCCCAUAAUACUCCUUCUCUACCCUGCAUCCUUAACACUGUUUACAGCAUGGACUCUGAGAGGCCGAAGAGCAAAUGCAUCUUCACACACACACACACACCCACACACACACCAGCACAACAGUGGUGGACUACUCAUUACUAGAGUGCAUUGCCAUGGUUUUGAUUGGUCUCGUUUAUUUUUACAGGUUUUUUUUUUGUGCCCCUUUUUAUUAUUAUAAAUUUUAUGUUUGCUUGUGUUUCUGGUAAAAGAAGGCAGCAGGAUCUGAUGGGUAGGCGUAUGCAUUGCCAAUUUAUAACCUUGUUCCCCACAUAGUAUUUUUAGACAACCUUUUUUCAGAGGUGAAAUGAAAAUGCUCUAUUUUUUAUAUAAAGUUACUUGAACAUUUCCUAUCAUGUACGCGCAGACGCCGAGAUUGAAGGUACUUCACUUUUCAGAGAUGGCGGAACAUGUCUUAUGCUGUGGAGCAGUUCCAUCAUGUGUGUAUAGUAUUUUUAAGCUGUGUAAUGAAGCAAACGUGUAUUUUGACUGUAUGAUAGUGAUUACAGACAAUGUAUUUGCUUAUGAAAAGAACGCAAGUCUUACAUUUCCUUCUUUGAAUAAAACAAAACUGGCAUUGUUGGUUUAGUUUCUGUAA